AUAGCAUCCACACUGCGACAGGGCAGUUGAGCGCGUUUAAGGCAAACGCUGCUUCUUACAUCUCGUACUGAUGCGCGCGAUGUGAACGAAGCUCGUUGUACCGCGCCCGGUAUCAUCGUACUGCUCAACGGAGUAGUGCCAGUUACUACAACCAUGAAGUCCCUCUUAGCAUGGCUUCUGUCUGUUGUUGCACUAUCGAAUCUGGCAGCCUGGGUGGAAGGCGAGUGGUACUGUCAUCGCUUGGUUCCGUUGCAAAUCACAUCGGUUGUCACUCCGUGCACUUAUCCGUGUGUAUUGCUAUCACCCCCGAACAAGCAUGGCGGCAUUAUUAUACGACAAGAGGUAGAUGGCACACCAUGUAGAGUUCCGGGAACUCCAGGUACAAUUCGGAUGUCCCUCUGUAGCAAUGGGAUCUGCCACCUGCCCGAUAUGUUGACACAGUUGAAACGCACGAAGAGGGAGACCUCACUAAACCGCAAGCGGAGGGGUUUGGUCAGUUACGCGAAAAAGAAGAACAAGAAAAGGAAGGAGAAAAAGAGGAAGAAGAAAGAAGAGAAGAGAAAAAGAAAAGAGCAACAAGAUAGGGAGAAGUCUUCGUAAAUUCUGGGCGCGAGCCAUCGGACGCUUUGAAUUGGUUAAGGGAGCAUGGGCAGAGAACACUUCAACAACGGUUUCUUGGCUGCAAUAUUGGUACGGAAUGUAUAGGAACCACCGGCCUCCUUU